GGCGACCCAUCACAGGGCGCGUAUAUAAGGCGGCUGGACAGCUCCACCCUCACACUCACCAACACAACCUACACCAUGAAGCUCGCUGUGAUCCUCGCUGUGGUUGCUGUGGCACUGGCCGACAAGCUGGCCCCCGUCCCCCUGCCUGCCGCCAUCCUCCACAGCCAACAGGUCAACCCCGACGAGUUCGGUGCCCACAGCUCCGACUUUGAGGCAGAGAACGGCAUCAAGUUCCAGUUUGCUGGCAACGAGGGUGUUGGUGGCGGUUCCAACAUGGCCGGCUCCUGGAGCUACCUCAAGGAGGACGGCAGUGUAGCGACAGUCCAGUUCGUGGCUGACGAGAACGGUUUCCAGCCCCAGUCCGACCUGCUGCCCGUGGCCCCCGCCUUCCCCCACCCCAUCCCCCAGUUCGUCCUCGACCAGAUCGCCUUCGCUGCUGAGGAAGAUAAGCUCAAGGCUCAAGAGGAAUAAGUCUAAGAAAUAGACUCUGAGUCUCAAGUCUUUGUAAAUAUUUUCGGUCACCGACAACGAUUUUAUUAUUUAUCUAUCUAUUAAACUUUACGUAAAUAUGUUUUAAAAAUAAAAUAUUAAUAACA